ACACCUCUGGCUAUACAAAGAUAAGACUUGUGAGCGCCUAUCUGUUAAACACCCGGCCGUAGCACAAGACGAGCGCUCACUGGAAAGGCGAUUGACUUCGGCAGUCCGCUUAUAAAGCUCCAAGACUGCAGGCACAAAUGACAGCGCGAUGGCUCCAAAAAAUGCACCGAAUCUCAGGAAAUAUCAGACUUCACUGGUUCUCCUUUUAGAAGCAGCGUUUAUUGCGAUUUUCUACUUUUUUGUUAACUAUGAGGAUUAUAAUGUGAACGGAAAACGCAUUCCUCUCGAUAUGUAUGCAGAAUUCCAAGAUGUCCAUGUCAUGGUGUUCUUUGGAUUUGGCUUCCUGAUGAUGUUUCUAAGGCGAUACAGUUUCAGCAGUACUGGCUUUAACCUGUUACUGGCUGCUCUGGCAGUUCAGUGGGCCACCCUGAUGAAUGGGUUCCUCUUUUCAUUCAGAGAUGGAAGUAUUACAAUAAACUUAAAGAGCCUUGUCACAGCAAAUAUGUGUGCUGCCUCUGCAGUAAUCGCAAUGGGAGCUGUGCUGGGAAAGAGCAACCCAAUUCAGCUGAUACUGAUGACUCUUCUGGAAGUGUCUGGCUUCAUUUUCAAUCGCUGGAUUCUCAAAAACGUCUUAAGGGUUGACCUUCUUCUCAGUAUUUUGCAUCUACAUGUAUUUGGUGCUUUCUUUGGCUUGAUGAUGGCUUGGGCUCUUUCUUUGCCCGGAAAGAAUAGAAGACAUGAAAAAGAAAAACAAUCCACAACAACAAGUUUAUUCUCCAUGUUAGGUACCAUUUUCUUGUGGAUGUUUUGGCCAAGUUUCAACUCUGCUUUUCUUGAGAAGGAAAACGAGAAGAUGUAUGCUGUGUAUAAUACCUACUUUGGGAUGGCUGUGAGUGCCGUCACAGCUUUUGCUGUAUCAGUCAUAACAAGCAGGAAAGGGCAACUGAAUAUGGCUCACAUUCACAGUGCAGUGCUGGCAGGAGGAGUUGCCGUAAGUGCCACAGCGAUGAUGACAACAUUUCCGUGGAUUGCGAUGACACUGGGUUUUACAGCGGGUGUGAUCUCUGUUCUGGGAUACCGGUAUGCAAGGCCUAUGCUCAAUAGAUCAUUCGGUAUCCACGAUACGUGCGGUGUACUUUGGAUCCAUGGUUUCCCAGGGAUAAUAGGAGUGCUGACAAAAGUCAUAAUCAAGCUUGUCAUGGCAGAGAACAUCAGAAUGAUUCUAAAGGACUUGUUAUUUGAGUACGUUGCACUUUCUGCGACUCUAGCACUAAGCCUUGUGUUGGGAAUGAUUACAGGUUUUCUCUUAAAAUGUAAGUGGUGGAAACCAGUUCCUUUCCACAAGCAUUUUGAUGACCAAGCAUAUUGGGAGUUUCCACACUUAGCAAUGAAGCUGUGAAGUGAUGACCAGGACAUUAGCAGACAAAAAUAAAAUCUGUGCCAAAUUUGGCAAACUUCAGAAGACAAUAAUCCAUUUUUGUGAAAAAACCCCCCAUAAAUGUCCAUCAAGAAGUGUACCUCACAAUUCAGAAUGUCCAUGUGCAGCAUAUACACCAAUCAGCCACAACUUUAAAACCACUGGCAGGUGAAGAACAACAUUGACUAUCUUGUUACAAUGGCACCUGCCAAGGAGUGGAAUAUAUCAGACAGCAAGUAAAAAGUCCAUUCUUGAGUAUGAUGUGUUGGAAGCAGGAAAAAUGGACAAUCGUAAAGAUCUGAGAGACUUUCACAAGGGCCAAAGUGUGAUGGCUAGAUGACUGGGACAGAGUAUCUUCAAAACGACUGGUCUUGUGGGGUGUUCCCAAUAUGCAGUGGCUAUUGCCUACCAAAAGUGGUUCAAGGAAGGACAACUGGUAAACCAGCAACAAGAUCAUGGGCACCUAAGGAUCACUGAUGCAUGUGGGGAGCACAGGCUAGACUGCCUGGUCCAGUCCCAAAGAGGCACUACUCUAGCACAAAUUGCUGAAAAACUUAAAGCUGGCCAUGAGAGAAAGUUAUCAGAACACACAAUGCAUCACAGCUUGCUGCGUAUCCGCAGACCAGUCAGAGUGCCCAUACUGACCCCUGUUCAUCACCGAAAGCUCCGACAAUGGGCCUGUGAGCAUCUGAAAUAGACCAUGGACCAAUGGAAGAUGGUAACCUAGUCUGAUGAAUCAUGUUUUCUUGUAUAUCAUGUGGAUGGCUGAGUGCGUGUGUGUCAUUUAUCUGGGGAAGAGAAGGCAGCAGGAUGCACUAUGGGAGGAAGGCAAGCUCUUGGCAAUGCUCUGCCAGGAAAUCUUGGAUUCUGGCAUUCAUGUGGAUGUUACCUUGUCACUUACCACCUACAUAAAGUUUGUUGCAGACAACAUACACCGCUUCAUGGCAAUGCUAAUCCGUGAAGGCAGUGGCCUCUUUUAAGCAGGAUCAUGCGCCCUGCCACAAUGAAAAAAAAUUGUUCAAAAAUGGUUUGAGGAUCAUGACAAAGACUUCAAGGGACUCUGCCUCCAAAUUCACCAGAUCACAAUCCAAACGAGCAUCCGUGGGAUGUGCUGGAAGUCCAAUCCAUGGACACCCCACCUCAAAACGUACAGGACCUAAAGAACCUUCUGCUAAAAUCCAGGUGCCAGAUACCAUUGGACACCUUCACAGUAUCGGGCAUGUGGAUUUAAUGUUGUGGCUGAUCAGUGUACAUUUCAUUAGUAAUAAAGAAUGCUUUAAUUAGCACACUAUUGUAGAUAACUUUUCUAUUGCCUAUUGUCUAUCUACCUAGAUGAAUAUCUAUAAAGCGUCUAAACUCUGCAGGACAGUUACCGUAUGUCAACUAUUUUGAUGCAGGAGGGUGUGGGCAUCAAACAUGAAGGUAAUCAUCACAAAGGAAGAGCUGGAGAAGUAAACUGAGAUACACUCUGUUGCCCCUGGCAGGCUUCAGAUUACCUAUCCUUCAUUUAAGAAUUAUCCACUUUUGUUUUUAAAUUCUUUGCACUCAAAAUGCUAAGAUUUACAUUUUCUUCUAUUUUUAACUUGUAAGCAAUGCUAAUAAAAGUAAGAAGUCCA